UGGCAAAAUAAACUUGCUGGAACACUAGAUUCAUCUAAAAAGUCAUGCAGAAGGUUUUACCUUUCCAUCAAAGAAGUGAUGAUUAAACAUGUUAUAAUGACAGAAUUCAUUCUGCGGGUAAAACUGGGAAUAUCUGGAAGAGGGAAAGAGCAAGAACGUCAGACGAUAUUCUCAUAUUACUACACACACAGGUUUUGGCUUGUUAUGGGCUUCUCAAAACUUGUAUAGCUGCUUCAGCACAUACCGGAAAAGAACAGAGAGAGAACGAGAGAGAACAAAACCUUUCAUUCCCACGCUGUGCUAGUGAGCAGAGAUGGCAGAGGAUGAGAACGCAGCACAGCCACCCCGAGCCGAUCCGCUCUGCCUCGCCUCGGUCACGCAGCCCUUCCCUCGGUCUCCAAAACUGCUCCGUAAACCAGACGCUGACUCGCUCAAAUACUCACAGGAACAGUUCUCCUGCUGGCUGGAGGAGCUGGAGAAGGAGAGCAAGAGGACAGAAGCUCACAUGGCAUCUCUGAAAAAGCGCCAAGCCAACCUGACUAGGAGUGCGGAGGCGAUGGGGCAGAAAGUACGCGAGCGAUUUGAGGCCAUGCGUCUGAGCCUGAAGAAGGAAGAACAGGCCGUACUGGACUCGCUAGAACAAGAGCACCGGGAGAACAGCAGCAGACUGACGCGUCUCCUGAACAACUGGAACCAGCACCUGAAACUGGUGCGCAAACACAUCAGCACCAUCAGGACACUGCAGGAGAAAGGAGCCGAGAGCCGGCAGCAGGUCUCUCCUGAAGAUUUCAGCUGCCAUAAGAAGCAGGACGCCGCUGAACUGACCAUCCGGCUGAAUGACGAAAAAUUCCAGAAGCUCAUGAAGGUUUUGGGGAAGAUCUCAAAAGACUUGCAAGUCCAACUACAGAAAAGGAACUUACUGCUCGCCUCCAAUGAGGUGGUGAUUGACAGGACAGUCAGCCACAGACAGAUCAAGGUGACUUCGAGUGGGCGGGGCUUUUUCAUCUCUCCCGAGGACAGCUCGGCUCCGAGCCGCCCUCUUCAGUUCGAUCAGACCUGCUGCGCCCUGGGCUCGCCCGCCAUCAACUCGGGUCAGCGUUACUGGGAAGUAGAUGUCCACUGCUGCUCUUCCUGGGCUGUGGGUGUGGCUUAUGGUAGCCUGCACAGGAAAGGGCAGGACAAAAGCACAAAACUGGGCAGGAACAGACUCUCGUGGAGUCUGGAGUUUUGGGACGGGCGUCUCUCGGCUUGGCACAACGACCGCUACUUGACCCUGUCCACUCGGGCAGCGCCAGACAAGGUGGGCGUGUUCGUGAACUACCACAAGGGUCGUAUUGUGUUCUACAACGCAGAUGCCAUGACGGUGCUGCAGGAUUUCUCAACGAGCUGCACGAACAUGUUCGAGAGGGCGCAUCAUCAGUUCACCGAGCCCGUGUUUCCUGCUUUUCGCUUUUUCAAAGCCAGAGAUCAACAGCGUGUCCCAGAUCAUAUGGAGAUCUGUGACCUCGGGCUCUAACGCACCGUCCUGCAGUAAUACUGAACGCAGAUCAGACCUCGGAGUGUUUUUUUCUUUUUAAACGAUCUACAUUUACACCUCGCCAAUGCUGUACUACAUUUUAAUGCAACAAAAAAACCUAGCACUGCACUUUAAGUCAGUGUGGACGUGUGUUAAUUUACAUCCAUCUUUAAUCACGAGUUAACCAAAUAAACAAAACCAAAAUACUGACACCUGUGGUCAAAAACAAUCAAUUUUGUUAGCUUAAUCAGGUGAGUUAAAUAAAUAAAUAAAUCAGGACAGAAUUAAUCUUAUUCUAGCACCAGCGUUAUGAUCCACUGAUAAACUUCUUAACUUUGUAUAAAACUUUCUACACUAGCAAACGUCCUAAAACGUUAUUAAACGAACACUCACCUGAAAUCAAUAUCCAGUAAUAAACUCUUCAUGGAGUUCGUUUUGUCCUCUGCACUCCGGAUCUUAAUCAGCUCGUGUAAUCUGCGAUUAGAUGAGAAACUUUAGUUUGUGUAAAUAAUACUUGAUCCCCGCACAGAGUGGGGAACAAUGACGUAACCAGAAAUGUCCACUUUGCAAAUGACAGCCAAUAAACAGUAAGUGCAAGUCCAAGAGAUCAAAACUGACCAUGCUGUCUGGGUGGGCGGAGCAUAAUGCCUUUCAGCUGUCAAUCAUGUGCGUCUGUGAGAUCACGUAUUUGGGGGAAUGUAGAGAAACUUUCCUUAGUUUUUAAAGUACCGUAUGUUAGUUUAUAAGUUCAUAAGCAGGUUAAUGUGUCAGUAAAUCAGUUUGAAAGUUAAUUUGUAAGUAGGUUAACUUGAUAUGCUGGUUAGUUUGUAAACAAGUUAGUUUGUUUACAAGUACUUAAGUAGGUUCAUUUGUACAUAAUUUACUUUUAGUACAAUCAACUUAGUUUGUAAGUUCAUAUUUAGGUUAGUUUAUAAGUUGAAGAUAGUUUGUAAGUUCUUAAGGGAGGUAGGUUAGUUAGUUCACUUGUUUGCAAGUUUCUAAGUAGAUUAUUUUGUAUGUAAUUUAGAAGUUUGUUUCAGUGAAAUAAGUGUGCAAGUUAGUUUCGAAGUUAAAUAUAGUUUAAGUUCGUAAGUGGGCUAGUUUAAGUUCAUGAGUAGGUUAGUUUAUAUGUUGAUUACUUUAAAAGUACUUAAGUUAGGUUUCUUGAAAGUUCGUAAGUAUGUUUAAAUGAAAUAACUAAGUGUAAGUUAGUUUGUAAACAAGUUCAUAAUUAGGUUAUUUGUAAGUUAGUCUAACUUCACAAGUUAAUCAGUUUGUAAACAGUUUAGUUUCUACGCAAGUUUGUCAGUAAGAAUGUUAGCCUGCAAGUCAGCUAGUUUGUGAUUAAGUUAGUUUGUAAACAAGUGAGUUUAUACAACAGUUAGUUCCGGUCUGUUAACUGUAUCGGUCGAGUGACAGUCCAAAGAACUUCUAUAUUUCCUCUAACACCACUGUGUUUAACUCCACUUUACUGUGUUCACAGUGUAUAAUUAGAUAAAAAUAUAUAAAUUUCACUUCCUAGCUUGAAACAGUUACUAAGUAAAGUUAGCGACAUCAUCGGCGAACAUGACAAACAAUACUUUUCAGGAACUCGGCUUAAAACAUGGAAGCUCGUAAGAUGAAAAAGGGACACCAGGUUCACAAAAGACGUCCGUAAGUAAAUUAGUUUGUUGAGUUCAUAAACAAGUUGUUCAUCUGUUUAGUUUGUCGUUAAGUCAGUUCGUAAGUAAUUUCAGACAGCAAGUUGGAAAAAAAAGAGAGAAGGAAAGUUUGUAAGUCAAUUCAUUAAAAACUACAUUUCCAAAGCAAGUUUGUUUCAUCAGUCAGUCAGAAAUAAAGGAUCAACGGGAACUCAUCACCAGAAUUACAGUUUCCACUCCGAUCAGGGAUUAAAACCUUCCCAGGUGACUACAGACAAUCACAAUACAAAUGCAGAUCUAAAUUACAUCCAUCACCACUGUGCUAAUCAUUCAGAGAUCUGGCAACCCCCUGAUAUUAGCACUCUGUAGUGCAGUGGAGAGGUGACUGGUGCAGCACUGCAGUUUAAUGUUAAUUUAAUCCUUAAAUCACAAACUAACUGGUCUUUUUGCUUGGGUUUAUCGUUUUUAUUGCCCCACUACUGAAACAGGGCACGUGUUUUAAACUCACCGUGGCGUCCCGAUGCAAAGAACCUUCCGGUAUCCUAACCCAGAGAGCACAUCCAGAAGGAAACGGCAGCUGCGGUCGGCGAACAGGUACUGCGCGUUACUCUUCUUAUUCUCCAAAGCACAAAGCAGCAGGCUGGGCCUCCUCAGCCGUGUCACUGUGAUGUCAUCAGAAAGCGCCUGGUGUGAGGCGUGUGCGCUCCACUCGGCAGGAAGCAGCAGCAGCUGACAGUCCACACAGAACCUCCUCUGAUCCAGCGGCAGGGAAACAAACUCUCUGAACCUGCCACAGGAACGAGAGGAAACGCUUUACACCACCCUGCAGAACGGUACCAUCUGUACCCUGGGCGAGUACCCGUACCCUCUGUGUGUUUCACAUCAGUAUAGAAGGAGUUUUUCUGGAGGUUGGGGUGCAUGGACAAUUCGUAAAAUACAACUCGAAAUUCAUCGUUUUAAAAAGGUUACUGAAAUGUUAAAAUAUGCACAACAGUGUCGUUUAUCUCCUUCACACGAUGAGCUGUUGAGAAGAAGGUACAGCGAGUUGAUUUUAAGCCCACAGCUUAAUAAUAAGGGUGCCGAUGAUAAAAACAUCAUUUUAAAACCAAAGACACUCGGAGGAACAGUCACAGCUGACGUGUAGCCAAAUCGCAAAAGCAUCUCGGGCACUGCACAUCAUCUCCAGCACCAUGUCGGGAGCAGGUACAGUGAACAGGAAGCCAUUGUGGUGGAAUUUAACCCAAUCUGAAGAAUUUACUUAAUAUGAAAUAAAAUUGAGCUCAAUAUCAGUGACAGGAAAACUAAUUUUUAGGACAGGAAUCAUCAAUAUAUAAAAUUUCAGUCAAAAUAUUGCAUUUUGUGUCAGUUUGUCGUCAAUCAGGACGAAUCUAGAAGACCAAUCAAGGGUGUGCAUUGUUUCUAACUCCACCCACAUCUUUGUGCCCGAGCUAGAAUGUGAGGUUAUGAUACGGGACGCAACAUCAGACAGCGUACAGUGCACUGGAAAUAAUGACGGAGUGUAGGUUUGUUACUGUAUGCCGUUUCUAGUCAGUCCCUUUACCUCGUGCAGUAUUCUGAGUGAGUGAAGGACGGCCUCUUCAUCUGGUUCUGCGCCUCUCUCACACGCAGUCGCUCCUCUGAUACCUGAAACAUUUUAGCAUUAAAAAAAAAAGUAUACCAAAGGGGGGGGAAACAGAUGCAAGUAAUAUUCAUGUCGAUGUAAACUUGUACUCGGGUACAACUGCAGGUUAAUAACGACUAAAUUACAUAAAACUAAAUAAAAUGUUCCACUACAAAUACGUUCAUGAAACAGGUGCAGAGAACCCCGUCGUAGACUUAUUCAAAUUAUUUUUAAACAAUAAAAUGUACAUCAUAAGUUUAAGACAAUCACAUUUAAGACAAUUUAUAUGAAAAAAAAGUAAUAAAUUUGGCUUGACCGUCAGUGCGAGAAUUAUGGGUAAAGAUGGUGUGGUAGCAAGCGGUGUGUUCGAGCAGCACUAAUGAACGUAGGGCGGAGUCGAAGUGUCUUUAAAGUCAAACACAACCCAAACAAACACCGUUCGCCAAUCACAGUAAGCGCUCUGUGCACAUUUAACUUAAAAUUAAAAACUAACAACAAAUUUAUCCAUUUAAAAAUAAAAAAAAAAAAGUUAUGAUAUUGCUAAAAAUAUGCUUAUGUGGGCGUGGCCAUGGGUAUUGAAAUCAGAUAUCCAGCCAUGAUGUUAACGGUGGCGGCAUGGUGGUGUAGUGGUUAGCGCUGUCGCCUCACAGCAAGAAGGUCCUGGGUUCGAGCCCCGUGGCCGGCGAGGGCCUUUCUGUGCGGAGUUUGCAUGUUCUCCCCGUGUCCGCGUGGGUUUCCUCCGGGUGCUCCGGUUUCCCCCACAGUCCAAAGACAUGCAGGUGACUUUUAACUGGUGACUCUAAAUUGAGCGUAGGUGUGAAUGGUUGUCUAUGUGUCAGCCCUGUGAUGACCUGGCGACUUGUCCAGGGUGUACCCCGCCUUUCACCCGUAGUCAGCUGGGAUAGGCUCCAGCUCGCCUGCGACCCUGUAGAAGGAUAAAGCGGCUAGAGAUAAUGAGAUGAGAUGUUAACGGCACACUAGUACACCGUUUCUAAUAACAGCCAUUAAAUAAAGGCUUCUUAUUCUAAAGAAAAAUCCCCAGGCGCCACUACGCUCGCGCUCUUGCUCUCUCGCUGUGUUCACUACUUCACUGUGCUGUAAUGUAUAUGAUGAAGGCUCCGAAUUCUAAAAACCUAAUCAGAAGUUUUCCGUAACCAUGUGAUUUUUACUGCCAACAAAAUCCACCGAUCAACAGACUUCCCUUUUACGAAGUUUAAAUCUCACUCAGUGAGACAAUGCAUAUGCAGUACUGACACGGAUACUAGUAAACAAUGUCCGUUGUCAUAGCAAUGUGGUCCUUGCCAUCUAAAAACACUGAUUUUCUCAGUCAAUAAAAACAAGCAAAAGCAGGUCACAUAAAAAAUACAAGGAAAAAAUUUGACUCUUUUGAGGGAGGGAGGAAAAACAACCUCCUGUGAAUAGCCGGCAGUGUAGCAUUUAUAGACAUCUAAAGGCUCCCAAAGGCUGGGUAUGCAUCUGCUCUCUGUUUACGUGCGUGUGUUCACUGCUUGGGCUUAUUUUUUACACCCAAACGCUCAACUUUUGGCAUCUUCAUGGUGGUUUGGAACAAUUUAGAAAUGAAUAUCCACUAGAUCUCAGCCUCGGGAAGUCCUGUAGCGUGUAAGUGACAUCAUGAUCUCAGACUCUCAUGUAAUUUGUACUCCGAGUGCGAUAUUUGAACCUUGGAGAGAGCGAGAUGUCAGCACCCAGGGACAUUUGUUUGUUUCUUUUAAAAUUAAACCUGUACACUCCAA